CUGACAAAAACAGGAACUCAACAGAUAAACAUCGUAAUAACAAUACACAAUCCUUGCUUUCGUUUCACGGACUUGUAGUAAUCAGUUGGUGGUCAUAGAAGGUUAAUAUUGGUUGACAAUAAUUUGAGUGAUUGAUUCUGCUUGUCAGGGAAAUACUAAAGUUGAGUGUGAGUCAUAAAUUUAUUUCUUCAGGAGGGGCUCUCAACAUGAAGAGCUUGGCAGCCCUGGUAGUGUUGGUGGCAGCCGUCACCAGCCAGGUGAUGGGGGACUGUAUUGAAGGCAACUGUACCGAACCCGUGAUGUCAUUAGAUCUCCAGGCCAUCUUUCCCUUCUUUGGACCGGUCAAUAUCGACAGCGACAGCGACAGUGACAGUGUCAGUGAUCUCUCUGACGACACCAUCGAGCCUCUUCCCAAAAUCAACAGUUCAGUUCCUGACAACGAAGUGAUGUCCAUCAACUUCAUGGAGAUCAUCUCCAUCGCUGACGACUCUGACAGUCCUCCCGAUCUUCCAGAUAUCUUCCAGAGUCCUCGACUUCAGAUCAUCUUCGGUCAGAAGCCUGUGAUGGAGGGUUUUACAGUUUUGGAUCUUUCUGGGAAGAAUUUGACCGGAGACGAGAUAGCUGACGAAUUGCAACGCAGACAACCAGUUCACAGUUUGGUGCUCAGUAACAGUCGGAUACAAGGACUAUCUAUGAACACGUUUGAACCAGUGGAAAAUACACUCCAGGAACUCUACAUGGACAACUGCUCAGUCUCGCUAAACGCCUUCUACCGCCUCACCAACCUGCGGGUGUUGAAUCUGUCCAACAACGGAUUGAAAACAUUCGAGUGGUAUCCUCAGCUCAAGGACACACUGGAAGUGUUAGACCUCAGCCACAACAAACUGCCUGAAGUGAGGCCCGAACUUUCCGUCCUCACUAGUCUCAAAAAUCUCAACCUCUCUUACAACUGGAUAAAGUCGGUAAACGAGUAUCCUCUGUCUCUUCUGCCCAACCUGGAAGUGAUCUCUCUUACCAUGAAUUUUCUGAACAAUGCCACAUUCACCAGCCUCCAGAAAUUGACUCAGGUGGACUUGGACUGGAACUAUCUGAGGAUGUUUGGUGAUGGGGUGCAGCUGCCAUCUUACCGCAUGAAUAUCAAACUGGCAUCCAACCCAUGGGACUGUAACUGCGGCAUGAUUGACGCUAGAGACAACUACAACGUUCAAGAUCUGAGUAUCUUAAAGUGUGCCGUCGACGCGUCGUACACCGUGUGUUCCACCGACAAGUGUUAUAGGAAAUUCCUGCCAGAGGAAAGUGAUGACAAAGUGGUCAGUCUGACUAAGGAAUCGGUCCAUCACCGUGGCUGUACCGGACUGAUGGAUCGAUGGUACCAGUUCCGUGAAGGCAUUACUCGACUCCGGGAAGACGAGCCCGAGAAACUCCUACGUGUGAAACUAUUGUUCCUUCUUGCGGUGUUCGUUUUGGUGUUAUGUCUGCUGCUCCGGCAACCCUGCACAAAGAAGAAGUUCGACCGACAGUCCUGGCUGAAGAUACAGCAGAUUCCUUACUUAAAGAUCAAUGACCUGAAGAAACCUGAUGAAGUUCCUUAUAUUAAAAUUGAUAUCCCCGAGAAAGCUUAGUUACCAAAUUUUAUAUUUUGCUUGUAUAUGACAACUAUUGUCAGUCGCCCUAAAUUUUUGUGCCUUUUAUAUUUUAAUGGUGCUUCUAGUUGUAAUACCUACGUAUAUCUAUUUUUAAUAAACUAUUUUUUAUUAAGGUAAAAUUGUGAUAGUGAUAGUUUAAAAUCAAUAAAUUAUGUUUUAAUA